AUGCAGGCAGGAGUUUUUGCUGUGAGUAGUCACAAGUGGCAAGUGCAGAGCUGGAUUUUACAGCAAGAUGCCAUGUGGCUGGCCUGGGGAAACUGCAUUUGUGCAUGCUGCUCUGGAGCCCUUGAUGGCCUCUUCGGGACUGCUGUGGUUUGUUGAGAUCCUAGGUCUUGUCCUACAUAGAAAGGCACCACAAGGCUGAGAGGAGGCUGCAGGGAAAGUCAUCAGAAACCCUGCUCCUUGCCUCUUCCCAGCCCAAAGAGCCUCCCCUGGAGCGAUGCUGCUCUUCCUGUGGCAGCUGAACUCUGUCACGUCUAGGGAGCCUGUCAGCCUUGGACGGUGAGUCAGCUGGCAAGAGUCAUCUCAGGGCAGCUGGGUGCUCCUUCUCCUUGGGGCCUGAAUGUGUUGCCUUAAUGCCCUGCAAGCAGGAGACUGGAUUGUCCCAGAUUUGAAGCGGAUGGUGUUGCCACUGGUUCCCCUGGCUCUCCCCACUUGCAUUAACAUGCAGACAGCAUUCCUGUGAGCGAGCAAGGAAAAGCAGAAGGUCCAGAUAAAUAAAGAUGAACUUUCUCCUCAGUGGAAAGUGGGUCAGUGAAGAGGGAGUUUCAGAGCACCACGUUGUGUACAUUAUGAAAACCUGUGAAGUGUGGCAAUAACAUCACUCUACUCUGUGGAAAGUGCCUCUGGUUUCCUGUAACUAGACUCAAAACUUAAUUGCAAACAUAAUUGCAUGUAUCUACAGUGGAGCCUUAGCAAAGGGUCUGAGUGUCUGUUUCUCCUAACUGGGUAAAAAUUUGGAUUCUGUGAGAUGAGAAAUGCAACCAAAAGUCUUCAGGUUUUUGUGUGAUGCAGGGAUGGGUCAAAGGGAAGUGCCAUGGUUGGGCAAUGGAUGCAGCAGUUUAGCACAGUUGCUCCUUUCUCUUUAACAUUUUUUGAGAGUACAAUUUAUGUUAGGUGUUAAAAUGAGUUUUAGCAAGAGUCACUGUUUUAAUAUCUCAGCUUCGUGGGAAGUCACUGGUGUGUCUUCCUAGCCUUUGGUCUUUGAAGCAGCUUGUCCUUACUGAGCUCAAACUAGCACAUAGCAAGUACUUCCCCUGCUUUGGUGCUGUACUACCUGAACAUCUUGUACCAUCUUCCACAGAGGUCAGGAAAUUUUAUCACCCUUUGAUGCAGAACUGAGCCACAGAGAUUUCCUGUGUGACUUUGGGCAAGUCCCUUAGCCUCAACAAGCUGAGUCUAGAGCAUAGGUCCUGGUUUAGUGCUGCAUGAGGGAGAUAACUGCUCUUCCUCUUUGGGCAGCCACUCGCCUGGUUUGUUUGUAAGUGUCCAUAAGGCUUUGGACAAGGCCAGGGAGCUGAGGGCUCUGGUUGGUACCACAGUGCCCUUGGCCUCCUGGGCUUGCAUAAAGCAAGGUGUCUUGUUUCUCUGGCCAAGUACUCAGCAUUUCCUACUCUAAGUACAGGGCCAGGCAUAAUCCUGCAGGAAAAAGGGAUGUUGCUAGUCGUGGUCAUAAUGUGUAUCAGCAAAGGAAGAGAAUUAAGAUCGUGCAAAUGGCUAUGACAUUACCAUUUCCUGGAUCAAGUGCCUUACAAAUACGAUGCUCUUAAUGUCACUUUUCCUGGGAAAAUUCUACAGCUCUUUUUUAAAAAGGCAAAUGAAGCAAGCAGGUUGCUUCUCACUCCACUGCAGCAGGACAUCAGGAUGCACUCUGUAGGGUGAUGGUGUGUGCAAAGCAGUGGGGCAGGAGCCUGGUUUGCCACACAGACACCCCCUGCCCAACACCUUCCAGAAGCUUUUAUCUUGAGCAGUGAGGCAGAGGACAACUCCCCUCCCCUUUUCAAUGUCUUCAGGAAGCAAAGAGUGAGAAGGGUCUCAAGUGUGGGGACUCUGCACUGUACUGACCUUCCUAUCCCUCAGGCUAGUAGGGAUGGAGUCAGCCAGCAGCUGUGUUCUCGCAGUCCUUUGCUGGUGUUGGAGGUUCCUGUGGGCUUUUUGAUCUGGCUGGCCUGGGUACAGCUGUGGCCUAGCUUCCUGCCUGCCUUGGGGCAGCCCACACCAGGAAGGGGGAGUGUGUGAAGGAGUUCUGUACGUGCUUUUGUGUCUUGCUUAAAUCUGAUGCUAAGGUUUGCCUCCCAGGAUGAGGCCUGACAUUCCUCAGCAUGUACAGAGGAAGUUUAAGACAUCCUUGUUGCCAAUGAGUUGUGUGUUGUCAACAUCCAAUGCAGGUAUCUAAAGCUCUGCUCUUCCAUAUCUUACCACACAGAGGUUUUUGGUGGACUGCUGAGGUCAGUCUGUGCUGUCUCUUUGAUGAACUUCUCAUUUUAUUUUUUUGCUAAUGCAGCUCCAAAUUGUCUCCCAGCAUACCUUUAAAGUGAAUCCUGAGUUCUGGGGUAACAGUGUUCCUGUAGGAUGUGAACAGUGUUGCAAGUUGCCACUCUAAAGGGCAAAGGAUAACUUUCCACAUUGCUUGUAACUGCUACAGGUGAUACCUUGUAGUGAGAAUGAUGCUGUUAUCACGAGCCAGCUGCAGUUAAUUCUGGUGCUGUUGGCUGUACCACCUCCCAGUCUCCUGUACUGCCUCCAUCCCUACUGUACCUCCUCCAUGGGGAUGGAGAUUACAGCAUCCAUGUUGGCAGGUCUCUAUAGGAAUCAGGAGUCAUCCUGCUUUCCUGAUGCACCUGUGUGUCCAUGUGUGCUCUACUUGCCUGCAAAGCAUUAAACCCAUCAAAAAGAGGCUGUUUUGUCUCCUUGUGUGGUUCCUCUGCAUAGGCACAGCAUAGGUGGAGGUAGGGGAAGAACGCUGAUUCAAGGAGAGGGACCAGUGAGAUGGAGGUCCUGCAGCAGUGAUGAAAUAGCCUUUUUCUCCUUUGGUGGCUUUUGUCCCUCUGUGCUGAGUCCACACACUAGAAAUUUCAACCAUGUACAUGGUUUCACAAGUGCAUUCUUGUUUGUUUGGCUUUGUUUUUCCCCUGUUCCCCCAUUUGGGCUGCAUGAACCCUCCAGAGCUGCUGCUUAUACCAGGCACUCUUGGAAGAUCCUGCCGGUAUUGAACUCCAGUUAUCACUCCAGUAACUGGAGAACCAAGUAGUGAUGGUGGCUCUGCCAGUGAAGAAAAAGAAGAUAAAACGCGAGGUUAAGAUUCUGGAGAAUCUCCGUGGUGGCACCAACAUCAUUAAUCUGAUUGACACUGUCAAGGAUCCGGUGUCAAAGACCCCUGCUCUGGUGUUUGAGUACAUCAAUAACACAGAUUUUAAGCAACUGUACCAGAUCCUGACAGACUUUGAUAUUCGGUUUUAUAUGUAUGAGCUGCUUAAGGCCCUGGAUUACUGUCACAGCAUGGGAAUCAUGCACAGGGAUGUCAAACCCCACAACGUCAUGAUAGACCACCAACAAAAAAAGCUGCGGCUCAUAGACUGGGGUCUGGCCGAGUUCUACCAUCCAGCUCAGGAAUACAACGUCCGUGUGGCCUCUAGGUACUUCAAAGGACCAGAGCUCCUUGUGGACUACCAAAUGUAUGACUACAGCUUAGACAUGUGGAGUUUAGGCUGUAUGCUGGCAAGCAUGAUCUUCCGAAAGGAGCCCUUCUUCCACGGCCAGGACAAUUAUGACCAACUGGUUCGCAUCGCAAAGGUCCUGGGCACAGAUGAGCUGUAUGGGUAUCUCAAGAAGUACCACAUAGAACUGGACCCACACUUCAAUGACAUCCUGGGCCAGCAUUCCCGGAAGCGCUGGGAGAACUUCAUCCACAGUGAGAACAGACACCUGGUCAGUCCUGAAGUCCUUGACCUCCUGGACAAGCUGCUGCGAUAUGACCAUCAACAGAGGCUGACUGCCAAGGAGGCAAUGGAUCACCCCUAUUUCUAUCCAGUGGUGAAGGAGCAGUCCCAGCCCAGCUCAGAAAAUGCUGUGCUCUCCAGUGGCAUGACAACAGCACGAUGAGGACUGGAAAACGACGGGUAAUUCAAGAUGUUUACAAAUAAAAGCAAAACCUUCGGUCACACAGUGAAGGGAAAAGAACCAAGGACCCCCCCCCUUCUUCCCCUCCCCUUUAUACUCGGCAGAAAUCUAACCUUGGGGGGGGUCUUAAACCUCAGUUCCUCUCUGGUGGUUGUGGUUAAUGUAACUCUAACCCUGUGGUACCAAAGCCCUGGGCAAAUGGUCUUGCAAGAGCUAAAUAUGUAGUGAUAUCCCCAGGGCUCCACACAACUGAUUCUGGUUCACAUCUCUAUGGAUCCUUCUCUUCCUUCUCAGUCCAGCCUUCCCCACUACGCUGGUGGGGACAAAUUGGUCGUUCCACCAUCAGCCCUUAGCAUGCCUCUUUCUAAACUUGCCUUUCUGACUUGUAGACUCUGAAUGAACCAAAUUCAGGCUGGGGGUCAGCAGGUGCAACUCUGUUUUGAGGUCCAAGUCUUUACUGCUCACUCUGGGCUUGAAUUUGGCCCUUGAAUUCCAGUUUCAAUUGUGAAUGCCAGGGUAGUUGGGGGGAGGGAGGGGGAGUUCAACAAAAAACAACCCACAAACCCAGCAGCAUCUCGGGAUUGGUUUGGAGCAUUAAAACAAAGGCACUGAUCCGAGUUGCUGGGGAGAGGAGAUCCCCCCCUCCAGUGUGUUUGACAAAGGCUCGCUCUGAGAAGAAACUCAAUAGACCUGCUUUGGAAACUUGUGAAUGUGAGGGCUGCUCUUGUGGCAGGAGAGGGGAGGGACUAUCUAGACUUUCCCACCGAGCUCAGGAAAGUCAGUGUUGCAAGAUUUCUUGUGAUAGGUGUGCAACCACGUACCUCAUGACGUGGCUCCCAUGAGAAUUCGUGCCAGACGCAGACUUGUGCCAGAGCACAGCUCUGGAGCGGUUCAAUCCAGCACCGCAGGAUGGAGGAGUGGAGAGGAGGCCGGGGAGGAGAGCACAGGGAGGGGGGAGGAUCAACAAACAGCGGUGUCAGGGCGGGGGCUGUGCAGCUACUGAUCCAGGCCUUGGGAUCCCACGCAGUGUUUUAACAAAGUCAGCCAUUUGUUGAAUUCUGGGGUGCCGAUCCUGUUGGGGGGUGGGGGGUUCGUCUUAUGGGUUCUUUCAUCAGAUCCCUCGAUGGCUUUAUAGCCCCACAAUUCACAGUUGCCUCCUCUACUUGUUCUGUGUGUAACUUCAUCAAGUGGUUCUGGUGACACUCAAACCUAGACGCUGGAGAUAGUGUUUUCCCACCAGCACCUAAACACAGAAUUUCCUUCUGCGGCAUUGUUGAAAUAGUUAAUUUUUUAUAAGGUUGCAAUGUUUCUAUUUGAAACAUCUGUUUACAUUCCAUAUUCCAAUAAAGUUCUAUUGGCAUCGACAGCAGGUCAAUCCAUUUGUAUAAUUCACUGAAACCAAUAAAUAUCUAUACGUCUGAA